UGUAUUACCUCUCCCUGGAAUUUUACAUGGGCCGGACAUUACAGAACACCAUGAUCAACCUUGGCCUGCAAAAUGCCUGUGAUGAGGCCAUUUACCAGCUUGGAUUGGAUAUGGAGGAGUUAGAAGAGAUUGAAGAAGACGCUGGACUUGGCAAUGGUGGUCUUGGGAGGCUUGCUGCCUGCUUCUUGGACUCCCUGGCAACCUUGGGACUUGCGGCCUAUGGAUAUGGCAUCCGAUAUGAAUAUGGAAUCUUCAACCAGAAGAUCCGAGAUGGGUGGCAGAUAGAAGAGGCAGAUGAUUGGCUCAGGCAUGGAAACCCUUGGGAGAAGGCCCGCCCUGAAUUCAUGCUGCCUGUACACUUCUAUGGAAAAGUAGAGACCACCCCAACUGGGACCAAAUGGAUUGACACUCAGGUGGUCCUGGCCCUACCUUAUGACACCCCUGUGCCUGGGUAUAUGAAUAACACUGUCAACACCAUGCGCCUCUGGUCUGCCCGCGCACCAAAUGACUUCAACCUCAGAGACUUUAAUGUUGGAGACUACAUUCAAGCUGUGCUGGACCGAAAUUUGGCUGAGAACAUCUCCCGGGUGCUCUACCCCAAUGAUAAUUUUUUUGAAGGGAAGGAGCUAAGACUGAAGCAGGAGUAUUUUGUGGUGGCGGCAACCCUGCAAGAUGUCAUCCGACGCUUCAAAGCCUCCAAGUUUGGCUCCACUGACAGUGCAGGAACUGUUUUUGACGCCUUUCCAGAUCAGGUGGCCAUCCAACUGAAUGACACUCACCCUGCCCUUGCCAUUCCUGAACUGAUGAGGAUUUUUGUGGAUAUUGAAAAAUUGCCCUGGUCUAAGGCUUGGGAGAUCACUCAGAAGACCUUUGCCUACACCAACCACACUGUGCUCCCAGAAGCCCUGGAGCGCUGGCCAGUGGAGCUGGUAGAGAGGUUGCUUCCUCGACAUUUGCAAAUCAUUUAUGAGAUAAAUCAGAAGCACUUGGAUAGAAUCGUGGCCUUGUUUCCUAAAGAUAUGGACCGUCUGAGAAGGAUGUCCCUGAUAGAAGAGGAAGGAGGCAAAAGGAUCAACAUGGCCCAUCUCUGCAUUGUGGGCUGCCACGCUGUGAAUGGUGUGGCUAAGAUCCACUCAGACAUCGUGAAGACAAAAGUAUUCAAGGACUUCAGUGAUCUAGAACCAGACAAGUUUCAGAAUAAAACCAAUGGGAUCACUCCAAGGCGCUGGCUCUUACUCUGCAACCUGGGACUGGCAGACCUAAUUGCAGAGAAAAUUGGGGAAGACUAUGUGAAAGACUUGAGCCAGCUGACGAAGCUGCAUGGUUUCCUGGGCGAUGAUGUCUUCCUCCGGGAGAUCGCCAACGUGAAGCAGGAAAAUAAGCUGAAGUUCUCUCAGUUCCUGGAGAAGGAGUACAAAGUGAAGAUCAACCCAUCCUCCAUGUUUGAUGUCCAGGUGAAGAGGAUUCAUGAAUACAAGCGGCAGCUCUUGAACUGCUUGCAUGUGAUCACCAUGUACAACCGCAUUAAAAAAGACCCUAAGAAGUUAUUUGUGCCAAGGACAGUUAUAAUUGGUGGAAAAGCUGCUCCAGGAUAUCACAUGGCCAAAAUGAUCAUAAAGCUGAUCACUUCAGUGGCCGAGGUGGUGAACAAUGACCCCAUGGUUGGAAGCAAGUUGAAAGUCAUCUUCUUGGAGAACUAUAGAGUGUCUCUUGCUGAAAAAGUCAUUCCAGCCACAGAUCUGUCAGAGCAGAUUUCCACUGCAGGCACAGAAGCCUCAGGAACAGGCAACAUGAAGUUCAUGCUGAAUGGCGCCCUGACCAUUGGGACUAUGGAUGGGGCCAACGUGGAAAUGGCAGAGGAAGCCGGAGAAGAGAACCUGUUUAUCUUCGGCAUGAGGAUAGAUGAUGUGGCUGCUCUGGACAAGAAAGGAUACGAGGCAAAAGAAUACUACGAGGCACUUCCAGAGCUUCAGCUGGCCAUCGAUCAAAUUGAUAAUGGGUUCUUUUCUCCUAAGCAACCCGACCUCUUCAAAGAUAUCGUCAAUAUGCUGUUUUAUCAUGACAGAUUUAAAGUCUUUGCAGACUAUGAAGCCUAUGUCAAAUGUCAAGAAAAAGUCAGUCAGCUGUACAUGAAUCAGAAAGCCUGGAACAUGAUGGUACUCAAAAACAUAGCUGCCUCUGGGAAAUUCUCCAGUGACCGGACAAUUAAGGAAUAUGCCAGGGACAUCUGGAACAUGGAGCCUUCGGAUCUAAAGAUCUCCCUGUCCAAUGAAUCUAGGAAUGGGGUGGACAAAGCCAAUGGAAAUUGAAUCAUAACAUGUCUCUAAAAAAAAAAGAGCUUCUUAUUGAAUUUGAACACUUUCACAGCAUUCAUUGAUUUAUUAGCUAAUAGUUAAGUAUCUUUGGGAAUGGAAAUGGAAGAUGUAUGGUUGUAUUUAGGACUGAAAAUAAAGUGUCAAUUACUGAAGA